AUGUGUUUAUUUGUCCCGGCUCAUGAUGACCAAAGAUGGAAGUUGAAAGAACCAGUGGGCUAUUCUAUAACAAGGACGGAUGAUGUAAGGAUCUUUUUGGCGACUUGGAUUGAAGUUUGGAAGACUAGUGAUCUGAGUCCAAAACUAUACUUUGGGCACGCUCUUGAAUUGAGUCAAUUGAUAACUACAGAUAUCGGUGUUGUGUCUAUCGUGUGUUCCCAGGACAGUGUUAAGGGUGUCGUAUGUGAGUUGGUGCUGCUGACCCUGGAGUCUAAAGGUGAGCACCCACACCGUGUCAUCCUGUGCAUAAGUGGAAAGGAACUCAAGUGUAAGGUGCUUGUAUGUGCGCACAGAAAGAGCUAG